AUCAACCAAUAACCCGCGGGUGGAAUGUCGCUUUCCUCUGCCUCUCUUCUCCAAUCCACUUUCCUCAACAAACAAUUUCAAACAUUCACUUUACACUUUACACUCUUUACUUCCCACCUUUUUCUCUUAAUUUCUUCAUAGUCUUUUUGGUGGUCAAUCCUGAAAAGUAUGAUGAAAACCUCAAAAAGGAGUAAACAGAAAGCAAGUCAAGAGAUUGAAGUCGCCAUUGAUUGGGAAGUAAGACCUGGAGGUAUGCUUGUACAGAAGAGAGUUGUCGGGUCGGAUCCUGGCUGUGUCACUGCCCCAAUCAUCAAAUUCAAAGUCUCUCAUGAAUCUUAUCAUCAUCAUAUAUCCUUACCCUCUCACUCAACUUUUGGUGAUCUCAAAAAGAUUCUUGCACGUGAGACGAAUCUAGAAGCCAAAGAUCAAAGACUAUUGUUUAGAGGGAAAGAGAAGGGGGAUGAUGAACAUUUAGACAUGGCUGGUGUAAAAGACAUGUCAAAAGUAAUCUUGUUAGAGGAUCCUGCUAGCAAAGAGAAAAAGCUUGUUGACAAAAACAAGAAUCAUGGUAAUUUACAAGCAUAUGAUGCGGUCAUGAAAGUGAGAAGUGAGGUGGAUAAGCUCUCAGACAAGGUUGCAGGAUUGGAAACAUCAGCUAAAAAUGGGAUCAAGGUUGUUGAGAAGGAAGUUGAAGUUUUGACAGAGUUACUUAUGAAGGAAUUGCUUAAACUGGAUGGGAUUGAGGCCGAAGGAGAAGCAAAAACACAGAGGAAAAUCGAGGUUCGUCGUGUUCAGGGGUUUGUGGACAUUCUUGAUAGUCUAAAGUUGAUCAAGAGUAAAAACCAUUCAGACAAAAGGGUUGCAGCUGUUACAAUAACAAAGAAAUGGGAAACUUUUGAGUCAGGAAUUGGAAGCCAUGUUAAUCAAACUUCAACGAAAAUAACAAAGGAUUGGGAGCAGUUUGAUUGAAUGUAAAUUGGUGUUUGCUUACAUGAGGGUUGAAUCCGAUUCCAUGAUUACUGUUGGAAGUUGUACAGAGUAUUCAUUGGAUCUCAGGGAUGAUGUUGUUGGAAUAAAGCUUGCAUGAACUUCAUUUAUUGUUCAUUGAGACUCGUUUUAAGUCUAACAAGAUGCUUCGGAUUUGAUAGAGAAUAAAAGUGUGGAUUUGGUUGGUGUUGUAAAUCUGUGGAACUAUGGAAGUUCUUAUUUAAUGUUUGACUGAAGCGCAUUUGAUUUGGAAUGGAU